AUGCAACGAACAUCUGGUAUUCGCUGGGGUUUCGUUGCCUGGAAUCUUUUGCAAUUAUUUCUUAUUGUAUUGGGUGACUAUAUUGUCUACAUUUGUUUCUUAGCGAAUAGCUUCAACAAGGCGGGCAUUGAACCCAUACCCAUCACUCAUUUUGUGUGUUUGAUGGCUAUUGCAAUCUUCGCAGGUAGUAUGAUCUCGUUCGUAACGUUUUAUCCCAUAUUACACUGUUUGCCGAAUGCUUUUGCUGAAAUGCUGAGGUUUGGCGACAGAUUGUUUUAUGAAGAUUGGUGGAACUGUACUUCCUAUAAAAAAUUUUACCGAUCUUGGAAUAUACUUGUACAUGAUUGGCUGUACUUCUACAUAUAUUGUGAUAUGUACGCUAUUUUGAAAAGCAGAACUGUUGCUAUGUUGUCAGUGUUUCUGCUAUCUGCAAUUGUUCAUGAAUAUAUCGUAGCCGUUUCUCUCAGAUUUAUAUUCCCUCCUUUAUUCACAUUAUUUUACAUAGCUGGUAUUAUAUUCAUUUUUAUGACUCGAAGAAGAACCUCAAACUUCUGGAACUUUUUCCAUUGGUUUACUUUGUUGCUAGGAUAUGGACUUUUACUAGUUUUCUACUCUUUGGAAAUGUCUGCCAGGAUCAACUGCCCGAGGAUUUUAGUAGGUUUUUCCUCCUUUAACUUAGUUUUACUUCCUACACACGAAGUAUAG